AUGAUAAUAUUUGCUUCAAACGUGGUCAUAUUUUCGCAGACGAAUGAAUCUUUCACAUUUGGAAGGAAAACCGAUCUGAACACUUUGAUUCAUCAGUUUCUGUUAAUGUGUGGAUAUGACUAUAUUUGUCAUAUUUCAAAUUUCCCAAUGUUGACUUUCCCAGCCCCGGACGAAUCAUACAACAUCACGGGGGUGUGUCCCACUUGUCAUUGUGAUAACGAAUGCAUGUCACGUGGUGACUGUUGCCCGGAUGUAUACUUUGCUUUGCCACCGAUGACCUGUGUUAACACCACGCUUUUAAAUGCAACUUAUUCGUCUAAAAUUAGAAAACUUACACCCAAACCACCAUCUUAUGAAAUCGUCAGUUCAUGCCCAAACGGAACCGGAAGUAGAGACCGAAACAGAUGUGAAAAAACAUAUUCAAUUAAAGAACUGCUUAUUCGACCGCCGGUUGCCUCGACAAAGUUCCCAGUUAGUUAUAAAAACAAAUAUUGUGCAAAAUGUAAUGGUGAAAAUAACACAUCUAACUGGAUCCUCGAUAUUGACUGUCUCAAGUUCGCCGAUUUUAAUUUUCUAUCGACAUAUCAGGAAAUCAUUGAUCAAGCUCGUAAUAGAAAAUGUCGAAUGAGGUAUACCCCGAUGCAGCACCCAGUUCGCCCGUGUGAACUUAAAAUACAACCUAAAGAUAAAAAGAUUACCCGUUCUUGUAACGUUUUCGGAUCUUGGAAAGCAUUCAAUCAGGCAAUCAAAUUAGCAUGCGAGUCGACAUAUCAAUUACAAUUCCGCCAAUACAAAAAUGUGUUUUGUUACAUGUGUAAUCCACCUACACAUAUAUCUGAUGACGUCAUCGGCCGAUGCAAUACGACCGGGAUGUGGUAUCCUUAUGACGCGGGUUUAGAACGCGCGUGUUUGUACCAUUCAGCUUCACAAAAUACACGUCCAUUCAAAAACAUAUUUUGUUAUCUAUGUAACAGGAUAGCCAACGACAAUGAAAUGUUCUAUGACGUCACUACCGCCAUUAAAGAAAAAAUGUCUAUCAUUGCUAGAAAACGAACUCGCUUUUAUUCGUAUAUCAUAAAGACAGGCAAGAUUCGGACGAAUCACCUACGCUACAUCUAUACUGUUCUCAACAUGCAGGGGUUACCUAUCGACAUUAAUAUUGAUAUGCAUGUUGAUAGACCUGAAAAGAGUUUAAUCGUAAGAAAGAAUGACAGGCAUCUCAAUGUCACAAACUUGAUCUACAAAAUGUUUGCAGUCCGCCCCUUUGACCAGUUUUGUGAUAACGCCUUAGUCCCGUUACAAUACGUAUUGGUAGUGUUUAAGAAAUGCUCCUGUCAGCCAUCCUCCUGUCUGUUUCGUCCCGGGAGGAUAUGCUGUCUUGACGCCUCGUUGACUUAUCCAGCAUCAUGUAUCGAUACGUUUGCAGUAAGAUCAAACCAACGACAACAUAAUACUAAAAAUGUAUUCGUUACGGAUGGUUGUUGGAAUGACGCGGGACAUCCAGUCAUCCGGAACCGAUGCACAUCCAAUAAUCCGACGGAUGCAAGUUCAUUCCUACCACUGGUUGAACGAAUACAGAAUACGCAUUACAAGAGUUUUGACUGUUACCUGUGUAACAGAAAUAUUACCCAGAUAAAUCCGACGAAUAGAAUAGAAAAAAUUGCAAAACGAAAAAACUACUUUUUAUCUGACGUUAACAUCAUGUGUGAAUCUGUUUUAGAUUUUAGCCAUCUUGUGUCGUUCAUGGAUGUAAUAAACCUCUCAAAACAUAUAAAUUGUGAUGUUCAGUUUCGCAUGAACAGAGGAACUCAACGAUUCAAUCCUAACUUCCCACUGGUUAAAUGUAUCAAACACACACGGCUCGUUAGUAGAUGUAACGUCACUGGAAACUGGCCUGUGUUUGACCCAGAUGUCGCGUGGGCGUGUGAGAUAGCCCCCGGCAACACCUUAGCAGGAUAUAAAAGAUUCAAAAAUUUCUACUGUUACCUGUGUAAUCCGGAACAUGUGGUUACUGACGUCAUUUCAACCUGUAACGAAACUGGACAAUGGCAGCAUUACAAUAUGAACUACGAGAAAGCGUGUCAUCUCUUCCCGAGAAUAUACAGCUAUCCGCAAUAUAAAAACAUAUUUUGUGAAAUCUGUAAUUCAGCGGGAAUUCCAGAAAUACUUCCAGAUCCACAAGGUCAUAGGUCGGAUCUGUCACCACGAUCCAGAACUGAUCCUUCGUUCUCGUUCCAACUGACUUUCCGGUCUAUAUUUUCUGUCGCGGAGUACGAUGACUCUCAACCUGAAGUGAAUGGUGAGAGAUGUCGGAAACAUCAAAUAUACGAUUAUCGCAAGGACCAAUGUCGUAACAUAUCAUGUUUUCCCGGAAAAGUUCUUAACGAUAGCAGUUGCAUCCCUUUAUUGACGAUAACGAACAAUUUACGGUACACAUUAUCCAUCGAAUUCAAUGGUCAUCUCCAAGGAAACAACACAAACGCUCUAGAUUUCCUUAAGUCUGUGGAAAUUGGUAUCAAACAGCAUAUUUCUAAAAUGUUCGGGGUAAGAGAAUUUAAAUUUGAUAAUUUUCUUCUUUUAUCUAAUUUUCCGUGCGAAUCGAACUCGGCAUAUAUCAACACAGAAAACAUCAAACUGUUUCUGUAUACAACGCUUCAUAUUGAGGGAUACGUACCACGUUUUCGGACGGAAAAUUCUUUGUUGGAAAACACAUCUGAUCUAUGGAAUGUGACUAUUAAGAGAAUCAAAGUUUUAGAACUUGCUGCCAAGACAAGUCUUACAGCUGUGAUGACACCUUCGAUUAUCCAGAAAGCCUCAUUCAAAGAAACAUGUUACAUUCAAAGAUUUUCAGAUCAUAGUUUUGUUCCAUGGCAGACAUUUAGGUCGGUCUAUGUAUCAAAAGUUCUUUUAUGUCAACAAAUUGAACUGGAAAGUGACGAGUAUGACAUCAACAUGAUUAAAAUGGAGCUAACGAUUCACAGCAUCGGAAAGACUCUUCCGUUUGACAAAUUCCAAAGAUCUUCCCACGGAAGAGUCCGUGUUUGUGUGGAAGAUGUAGAAGCCAUUUCGGACCCAGUGUUUGAAGAUGUAGACUCUGCCCUUGCCAUCCUAACUCUAGUCUGUAAUAUCGCUUCCCUGAUAUGUCUCUUUCUCACAUUCAUUGUCUAUCUUGUAAAUCCAACCCUCCAGUCCAUACCAGGCAUCAAUAACAUGUGUCUGGUGUUUGCCCUGUUCUUCACACAAUUAUCGUUCCAGUUUGGAUUAACAGUAUCUCUAGAUUCAACAUUUUGUGAAGUCAUUGGUAUAAUUUUGCACGUGUUGUGGUUGUCAAUGUUUGGGUGUGUGAAUAUUUGUUCGUUUCAUAUGUUCCGGGUUUUCAGUGGAAUAGGUAGUUAUCACGCUCUACAUAACAAAGUGAAGACGUUAAGAAAAUAUGUUAUGUACUCAUUCGGACUUCCGGUUGUCAUCGUCUUUGUUAAUACUGUAUUUACACUUGGCUUCAACAAAGGGCAGACAACUGGGUACGGAGUUGACAAAUGUUUCAUAUCAAGUAAAAUAUCAUUUAUUGUAACGUUUUUGCUUCCAGUAAUCUUAGUUUGUUUGUCGAACAUAAUUUUCUUUUCAAUCACGGCCUAUAAGAUACGUAAUACUCCUCGCGUAGACAGUAACCAGGAAAAUCACCGCCAUUUUGGAAUCUAUGUCAAAUUGUUUAUUAUAACAGGUGUCUCUUGGUUAGCAACGGUAAUUGAAGCAUUUUUUCCUCUGUCGGUAGUUUCGUAUCUAACUACAAUUUUGAAUGGCAGUCAGGGUGUGUUGAUUUUUCUUGGAUUUAUUGUCAAUAAAAGGGUUUACGUACUGUUGAAAGAAGGUUAUGAAAACGCGAGUCGGAGACUUAGCAGAACCAUCUCCCCACCAGCUACUCAGACAAGCAGCGUUGCUCUUAGUUCUUCGUCAGAAAGCCGCUGA